AUGCGACUCCGACUUCCACAAAGUCCUCUCGAGUACGUCCUCCUUGCCGUUGGAGCUUUCUCCAGCUGUAGCAAUGCAGUCGCUGUCAACCCAUUGCCUGCCCCGCAAAACAUAACCUGGGGAUCAACUGGUCCGCUCCAGGUCGCCGGUUAUCUGGUCUUGACCGGAUCAUCCAGCUCGAUCGUCAACGACGCAUGGGCUCGUGCUUGGACAACCAUCUCGACUCUCCACUGGGUGCCAGCUGCCGUCGAGGCUCCCAUUUCCACAUUCGAGCCUUUCCCAACUCCGACAGCUUCACACAGAACCAGGAGAAAUCCAUCAUAUCUCAGUCAGAUUGAACUCACCAUCCAAGACAGUGAGGCUGAUCUGCAACAUGGGGUGGACGAGUCGUACUCCCUGGACAUCACCCAGUCUUCCGCCUCGGUCACGAUCCAUGCCCAGACCGUCUGGGGAGCUCUUCAUGCAUUUACAACCCUACAGCAGAUCAUCAUCUCCGAUGGUAACGGCGGCCUUUUGAUCGAGCAACCAGUGUCCAUCAGCGAUCAACCAAACUAUCCGCAUCGAGGCAUUCUCAUCGAUAGUGGUCGCAACUUCAUCAGCCCGAAGAAGAUCUACGAGCAGAUUGAUGGCUUGGCCCUGUCCAAGCUGAAUGUCUUGCACUGGCAUAUCGUUGAUUCGCAAUCCUGGCCGCUCCAGAUCCAGGCAUAUCCACAGAUGACCCAGGAUGCUUACUCGGCCAGGGAAACCUACUCUCAUGAUGAUGUUCGUAGCAUCAUCGCAUAUGCGAAAGCGAGAGGCGUUCGGGUGAUCCCUGAGAUCGACAUGCCUGGACAUGCUUCUUCUGGCUGGACUGCUGUUGAUCCGGAUAUUAUCGCGUGUGCUAAUGCAUGGUGGUCAAACGACGACUGGGCUCUGCAUACGGCGGUGGAGCCUAACCCUGGCCAGCUUGACGUUCUGAACAACAAAACUUACGAGGUCGUCGCAAAUGUGUACAAUGAGCUCUCGGCACUGUUUUCCGAUAAUGUUUUUCACAUUGGAGGCGAUGAAGUUCACUCGAAUUGCUUCAACUUCAGCUCCACAAUCCGCGAUUGGUUUGCGGCCAAUUCGUCCCGGACUUAUGACGACCUUUUGCAAGUCUGGGUAGACCGCUCUUUCCCAAUCUUCUCCGCAGUCCCUGAACGCAGACUCAUGUUGUGGGAAGACAUUCUGACUGCUGCCGAUCACGUCCAAGACUUGCCAAAGAAUGUCAUCCUCCAGAGCUGGAACAACGGGCUGGAAAACAUCCAAAACCUGACUGCUCGAGGUUAUGACGUGGUUGUUUCUUCGUCAGACUUCCUGUAUCUCGACUGUGGAUUUGGCGGCUGGGUCCCCAACGAUCCUCGUUACAAUGUUCCCGCAAACCCAAAUGCCACUGGACCGCCCACGUUCAAUUAUGGUGGCGGCGGAGGAUCCUGGUGCGCUCCUUACAAGACCUGGCAACGAAUUUAUGACUACGACUUCACCUUGAAUUUGACCGACGCUCAGAAAAGCCACAUCCUCGGGGCCGAAGCCCCUCUGUGGUCUGAGCAAGUCGAUGAUACAGUCAUAUCAUCCAAGCUGUGGCCAAGAGCUGCUGCGUUGGCUGAGCUCACCUGGUCUGGAAAUAGAGAUCCAGCGACAGGAGUGAAGCGGACAACGCAAAUGACACAGAGAAUCUUGAAUUUCCGGGAGUACUUGGUCGCCAAUGGCAUUGGCGCGACAGCCUUGGUGCCCAAAUACUGUCUCCAGCAUCCACAUGCAUGCGACUUAUAUUACAAUCAAACCGCGUUGACCGAUUACUUUGUGAGUUCUUGA